UCUAUGUAGCCUUAUAUGACAUUCAGAUCCAUGAAAAGAGAUGAAAGCUCAUCCACUAUGGACUACAACUUGCCCGACAGGACAGGAAGAUGAGCUAGAGCAGCUCCAGACAGCUGUCUGCGUCUAUGCAAGUGUAGAAUGAUGAGUAGCCUCAAACAACACAUCACCUCAUUAGUUCAGGACUUUAUUCCACUGGGGCCUUCAAGGCGUCAUAGCACUGAUGCCAAGAGCUCUUCCACCUCUGUGCUUGGCAGUCCCCCUCAGGGAACUCCCCUUAGGCCUGGGCACACCCCGAGGCCGAUGAAUCCGUUUACCAAACGGACACUGCCACUUCAGAGACCUGAAAAAGACCACAUUGUCAGGCCCAGUGGGCUGUUUCCCUCAGGUUCCAACACAGGCUCAGGGUUGAAUAAGGAUGGUGUGGUCAAACACAGCGUGCUACAGAAAAAAACUCAACUGAACAACAACUUGAUCCCCUCCUCUGCCGACGCCCAACAGUGUGCUGCUCCUUUUCCGACCUGUAAGAGAGAAAGAAAGUUUAGCGCUGACCAAGAGAGAGAAUUUUCCCUCGCCUUGAGCAGAAAACUCAAUGAGAAUUUGAAGGUUGGAAGGGGUUUGACCCAGUCAGGGAGUGUUGGACCUCCUGGGAGCAGUUCAGUACCAUCAUUCUCCCGGUCAAAAGCUGAGACCCAAACGCCUUCUGAUCCCAGGAGAAGUUCCUUUAGCCAAGCUGUGACCACACAGAGGAAUGAGCAGAGCUCUACAGAGAACAGCCCUGUACUCUCACCCCAGCAGAAAAGUACACCGCCACCUCCAUGCACCCUGACACACCUCAACACCAGUCAAGCUACUCCAAGGCCACUCUUUAAGCAGUCUCUUUCAGAGGGUAGAGAGGUCAAAAGGCGUGACACCCUGAUCCAGCCAUGCAAUGCUGUCAACCCAGGAGACCGGCUAAGUGUUCAGUCCGCGUCCUGCGAGAGGAAAACCGUGUCCUUCUCUCCUGUGUGUGAGGGAAAUGACGCUAAACGCACAGUCGCUGCUGUGGACAGCUCUGACAGCAUUUCUGUGUUAGACGCUGACUCUUUGCCUUUACUGUCAACCAUGCCAAAAGAGAAACUAAACUCUGACCGAAGAUCUGCCUUCUCCACCUCACACUCAACCUCAGGUUUCAGUGACUGUCACAAGCUUGACUCACCCCCCCUCUCCCCUCACUCCCCUGCUCCAUCAGGGCUGAGUGAUGUGGGCCCCAGCAGAGCUGAGGCUUCAGACUGUCAACACAACUCCACUGCUGGGCAGUCUCUCUCUAGGGGGCAGAAGAGAGAGGAUAAGAGUGUACCAGUGUGGAGUGAUCCUUUGGACAUGGAACUGGAUCUGGGAGUGCAUGUAGAUGACUGUGCCCUCAGUAGUAGCAGCAGUAGCAGUGAAGAGGACCAGCUCCUCUCCUUAAAGGAGAUCAUGGAACGAAGCGCUCGCCCACCAGCCACCCCAGAGAAAGGAGUUAUCUCUGAGCCCAGCACUCCGCGAAAUACCCCAAUGGCUGAGUCUAAACAGAACAGAGAUCAGAGUUAUAGAAACACUCUGGACCAGAUGCUGCUGGAGAAAGAAGAAAAUCAAAGGUCGAAGGAAAGGGAGAUGCAGCUGCUCCAGUCCUGUAAGGACGACCUGCUGAGACUCAGCGAGGAGGAAGAGGAAGAAGAUGGCGACAACAGACAGGAAGACAUUUCAGAAGAGCAGAAGGAGUUUCUGCAAAAAUACUCUGUCAUCUCAAGUGCCAUCCGUGAUGUUCACCCAGGAGAGGAAGUCUUCACACUGUCCAAAUUUGGUCGACUCUUUAGCCACCGCAGCUUGGAACUCAGGAAGUGUUCUGCUGGCCCUCGCAACCGAGCCCAGUCAACCUUACUGCAGUGCAGCACUGAGCAGGCGUUAUUGCUGAUCAGGGCGGGCAUUCUGAAGAGAGCGUAUGGCUCUGCCCCUUGUCCGCCCAGUGUUGCCCGCUGGCUCUUCCAGAUGAUGUCAGUGCAUCCAAACCCAGGCAUUUCCUCUCUCCUCCUCCAGUCUUUGAAGUUUCUGGCCCUCAGCGCUGCUCAGAGCAUAGUGGAGAACAGGAGUGACAGGUUCCAGGUUUGGGUGCCCAGUGUGCGAGAUGUGUCUCUGGUCUUUCUUAACAUGGGUGCAUCUUUCAUCAGCCUGUUUCCACUGGACUCCCUCCAGCCCAGCUUUACUGAGGGAGACCUGCUAGAGGGCCUGGAGAUUCUGUCUGACGAUGUUUACAAUGAAGUUCAACACAUCACUUUUCCUGAGAGCAAUUUUGAGAACGUCAUCAAGUACCUGGCGAUUUGUGCUGCACUGUGUCCUCACAUGUACUCUGAUGAGGAUCUACUCUUGCUGAUGUCUAUGGUGUGUAGAGUCAGUCUGGAGACUCGUCUGCAAAUGCUGCCCUCCGCUGACGUCUGUUGUUUACUGCAACACCUUAUCAACAACAUCUCCCAUUGGCCAGAACAGUUGGCUCGUAUUUGCCAGAUUGUGAGUGAACUGACAGAUGAUCAUCAUAACCUCAGACGUCUGGUUCAGCUGCUUCCACACAGCUCCCGGGGAAAGCAACUCAGGAGGCAUUUGAGUUUGACCGUCAUUUCCAAACUGUUAAAUCAGUCGUACACACCCACCAGCACAGAGUUCCAGCUGUCUGAUCUACACCGUUACCUCCCCCUUAUGAGACCCUCGUUUCUUCUGAAGAACCUGCAGUCUGCUCAGGGCAAUUCACAGCACAACGACCAACAGGCGUACUAUCUCUGCUACAGCCUUUUGGCCUUGGUAAAUGAGGCCUCCAAUUUUGAAUUUCUGCCAGCAAAUCAGAAAAACGAGUUGAAGCUGCUCUCUGCUGAGCUGGAAAAGCACAUUAAGUGUGACAUCAGAGAGAGUGAGAAACAGCUUUACAGGAGCAAGGUGAAAGACUUUGUGGCAAGAAUUUAUACCAGAUGGCAAGUGCUGCUCCAGAGAUCCCGUCCUCUGCAGGGAAAGCUGUAUGAUUACUGGCAGCCACUACCUGAGGACGCAGUGAGCAGCAGUCACGAGAAGCCCAGCCGAGAGGAAGAGGAGGAGAUGGAGCAGGAGGAGGAUGAGGAUGACGAAGACUUCCACAGUGAGCCCUCGGAGGAAGAGAUGGAAGAGGAGGAGGAGGUACAUUAA